AUGACGACCACGACUAGGGACGCCAAGAACGACCCAUCUCAUGUCGACGAUGCCAGUCACGUUGAUGCGGCCAUUGAGAAAGGCGAAUUCGAUGCCGCCCACAAGAGUAAUGCGGUUGGUUACAAUAAGUAUGUCGAGGGUCUGACUAUCGAAUAUACAGCCAAGGAGGCCAACGGGGUCCGGUGGAAGAUCGACUUGAUAAUUAUGCCCGCGUUCCUCAUUACGCAGGCUCUACAGUUCAUGGACAAGACCUCACUCAACUAUGCCAAUCUCUUUGGCUACCAGCAGGCGUUGGGCCUCCAGGGUCUGCAGUUCAACUAUCUCUCAGCCAUGAUUUACGCCGGCUAUUUCUUCGGCCAGUAUCCGUGCGGGUGGCUCAUCGGUAGAUACCCAGCUCAGAAGGUUAUGGCCGUCAGUAUCUUUCUAUGGGGCAUCACCGUCCUCGUCAUGACUCAGGCACGCUCCUACUCGAGUGCCCUUGGUGUCCGCUUUCUCAUGGGUCUCUUUGAGGCUGCGGUGACUCCUGGCCUCACCCUCAUGACCGGCUUCUGGUACGAGCGCCGCGAGAUCCCCCUCCGCCAGUGCAUCUGGUACUCGUCCCUCGGAUGGGGUGGCAUUAUCGGCUCCUACAUCUCCAUGGGCAUCUCGCAGCUGCCCGCCAACAUGACACCCGGGCGCUGGGAGCUCAUAUUCUACAUCCUCGGUGGCGUCACCUGUAUCUGGUCUUUUGUGCUCUGGUUCCUGCUCCCUGACUCGCCCUCGUCUGCGUACUUCCUUAACCACCGCGAGCGACUGAUUGCCGUUCGGCGGGUUGCCAACAAUGAGACGGGCAUCAAAAACAAGAGCUUUGACAAAGCCCAGGUCAAGAUGGGCUUCCUCGACCCCAAGACGAUCCUGCUCUUUGUCUCUGUGUUCGCCGCCGCCAUCCCGAACGGCGUCGUCAACUCAUUCUCCACCAUCAUCAUUAAGGGCAUGGGCUUCAAUACCACGACGACAACACAGCUCAAGUCUGUCGGUGAUGCAGUCCAGAUUGUCGCCCUGAUCGUCAGCGGCACGAUCAUCCUGAAUGUUCCCAACUCGCGCCUCCUCACUGCGUCCGUGGCCAACCUGCUCUGCGUCCUCUGCGCGGCCAUGAUGGCUUUCCUGCCGCGAUCCAAUACCUGGGGCAGGCUCGUAUCCUUUUGGCUGGUCAACGCGCAGUCGGUCGGCUUCACCGUGUCUUUGACCACCAUCUCGUCCAAUAUGGCGGGCUACACCAAGCGAUCUCUAGCCAGCGGUCUGGUCUUCACCGCUUACUGCUGGGGCAACUUUGCAGGCCCUUUCGUCGUCAAGCCCGAGCAGGCACCAGAUUACAAGGGGGCGUCCAUCGGCCUCCUCGUCGGCUACGGCAUCAAGUUUGUCUGCCACUUCGCCCUUCUCGCCUACAUGUGGUCGGUCAACCGCCAUCGCGACAAGACCUACGGCCCGGCCGAUAAAGCGGCCAGCAACGAGGCUGGCAUGCGCGACGUCACCGAGUUCGAGAACAAGGACUUCCGCUAUGUGUUGUAGAGAGAUGUGUUCCUUGAUAUAGAGGGAAGGGAGAAUCGGCGUUGCGCCUUAGUCGUGGCGGUGGUCGUAGGGAUGCGAAGGUGGCCUGCGUUCAUGGAGG